UUGUGACGUUACCUUAUACACAUCCAGCAUUUCAAACGAAAAAGAAGAACAAAUACAAAAAAAUCCGACACAAGAGUUUUUGUACACUAAUGAUAUGAUUGAAUGGUUACAAUAUAAUGUUGCUUGAAGCAUAUAUACACAUAUUAUAUCAAUACUACUAAUCGAAGCACGUGAAUCGGUAGGUAUAAUGCGAAAGGUUGUUGAAAGCCACAUAAAAAAGAACAACAACAGACGAGUUAAACAAAAAAACAGCUCACAUCAAAUUAUUCGGUUAUUUUGUUUUCGCGUAACAUGUUGUGUAUGUCAUACCAUCCGAAAUUUCAUUGCUAAAAUCUUGAUGUUGACUUUUGUUCCGCACUCAAUUACAUUUUACGAUUAAAAAUUCAAGAGAGUGAUCAGUGAUCGGAUAUUUAAUCCAAGAAAUGAAUGAACGAAAAUCGAAUAAAUUGGAAGCACCAGUGACAGUGGUGCUCGGCUCCCAAUUACCACUGUGCAUUGAUCCCAUUCACGACGAAAAUCCAGAUUAUAAUCCGUUUGAACAUCGACGACUGGAGCACCCAACGACAAAUGGCGAAACACUAGCUCAUCUUCUCAAAGGCUCACUCGGAUCCGGCAUCCUCGCAAUGCCAUUAGCAUUCGCACAUGCUGGUUUAUGGUUCGGUCUGGGUGCAAUGAUCAUCGUCGGUUUCAUAUGCACUUACUGCAUCCACAUGCUGGUUAAAUGUGAACAUAAAAUGUGCAGACGCACCAAAACGCCAUCGUUCGGUUACGCCGAACUGGCGGCCAGUGUAUUUGCCAAUGGGCCGGAAAUGCUGCACAAAUGGUCACGAUUUGCCGGAUGGGUCAUUAACACAUUCAUUGUGAUGACUUUGUUCGGAUGCUGCUGUGUGUACAAUGUGUUUGUUGCCACAAAUUUGAAGCAAGUCAUCGAACACUAUGCUGACUUCAACUAUGACUUGCGCUGGUACAUUGCGCUAAUGUUGCCGUUUUUGAUUGUCAUCAAUUUGAUUCGUAACCUGAAGAGUAUGGCCUGGUUUUCGGUGAUCGCCAACAUUUUCGUUUCAUUGUGUCUGGUCGUAACGGCUUACUACAUAUUUCGAGAUGGCCUACCGACUCCGAGUGAACGACUGCCGGUGGCUGACUAUCACAAAAUGCCACUGUUCUUCGGGACAGCGGUCUUUGCGCUAGAAGCGAUUGGUGUCGUUAUGACAUUGGAGAAUAACAUGAAAACGCCGCAGAAUUUUAUCGGAUGUCCUAGUGUAUUGAACAUUGGAAUGUUCGUCGUCGUCGUUUUAUAUACUACGGUCGGUUUCUUUGGAUAUUGGAAAUAUGGAGAUGAGACCAAAGGAAGUAUCACCCUCAAUUUACCAACAGAAGAACUACUUGCUCAGUCAGUCAAAUUGAUGAUUGCCAGUGCAAUUUUCCUCACCUAUUGCCUGCAGUUCUAUGUUCCGAUGAACAUCAUUUGGACCAGUAUUCGUGACAAAUUUCCAGAGAAAAAUAAGGAACUGGCUGAAUAUGUGACACGAUUCACGCUAAUUACCCUCACUGUUGCACUGGCCGUUGCCAUUCCAACGAUCGGACCGUUUAUGUCAUUGAUCGGAGCUGUUUGUGUUAGCACAUUGGGAUUCAUGUUUCCUGCUGCCAUCGAAAUUCUAACGUACUAUAAACGUCCCGGUUUCGGUACACUCAAGUGGAUACUUGUGAAGGAUAUUCUGCUGAUAUUGUUCGGUGUGGCAGGUUUUGUCAUUGGAACGUAUGUCAGCAUUUUAGAAAUCAACCAAACUCUUACCGAGCUUUAAAGUAAAUUCGCCAUUGAAUUUACCAUUAGAUUUGUAAGGACUAAAGUGUAGUACAAAACGGCAAUGAAGCCUUAAGAACUUGAUGAAUCUUUGAAACAGUUUUCAAAGCUUCAUCAAUUUUUGUGUCUCGCCUUGAUGGUGAGUCUUCACGUAUCUUAAUGUAGUUAAAACAACCAUUUGAAUUGGAAAGGAAUCCUAAUUUGAUCUGAUUUGAUACUUGACGAACAGUUUUAGUGACAAAGUUAUCGAUCGUCUAUCAAGCGAAUCGACGACCAAUUUAUAAUUAAGAUGAACUUUCGAACAAAAUUUAAAAUUUGAAUUUGAUGUUAUUGUUCAUGAUCGUUAACUGUGUACUGCUUUUUAGUUCAAUGAAGUGACAAUGUGAAAUAAAUUCACGAGAACGUUCCUAA